AUGGUCGUCAAGGUUGGAAUCAACGGCUUCGGUCGUAUUGGCCGGAUCGUCUUCCGCAACGCGGUCGAGCACCCCGAUGUCCAGAUCGUUGCUGUCAACGACCCCUUCAUCGAGCCCAAGUACGCUGAAUACAUGCUCAAGUAUGACUCCACCCACGGCAACUUCAAGGGUGAGGUCUCCGUCGACGGCAGCGACCUCGUCGUCAAUGGCAAGAAAGUCAAGUUCUACACCGAGAGGGAUCCGGCUGCCAUCCCGUGGAAGGACACCGGCGCCGAGUACAUCGUCGAGUCCACCGGUGUCUUCACCACCACUGAGAAGGCCGGUGCCCACUUGAAGGGUGGUGCCAAGAAGGUCAUCAUCUCGGCCCCUUCUGCCGAUGCCCCCAUGUACGUCAUGGGCGUCAACGAGAAGUCGUACGACGGCAGCGCCGACGUCAUCUCCAACGCGUCGUGCACCACCAACUGCCUGGCUCCCCUGGCCAAGGUCAUCAACGACAAGUUCACCAUUGUCGAGGGCCUGAUGACCACCAUCCACGCCUACACCGCCACCCAGAAGACCGUUGACGGUCCUUCCGGCAAGGACUGGCGCGGUGGCCGCGGCGCUGCCCAGAACAUCAUCCCCAGCAGCACCGGCGCCGCCAAGGCCGUCGGCAAGGUCAUCCCCGACCUCAACGGGAAGCUCACCGGCAUGUCCAUGCGCGUGCCCACCUCCAACGUCUCCGUCGUCGACUUGACCUGCCGCAUCGAGAAGGGCGCCACCUACGACGAGAUCAAGGCCGCCGUCAAGGAGGCCGCCGAUGGUCCCCUCAAGGGCAUCCUCGCUUACACCGAGGACGAGGUCGUGUCGAGCGACAUGAACGGCAACCCCAACUCGUCCAUCUUCGACGCCAAGGCCGGCAUCUCGCUGAACAAGAACUUCGUCAAGCUCGUCAGCUGGUACGACAACGAGUGGGGCUACAGCCGGCGUGUGCUGGACCUCCUCGCCUACGUCGCCAAAGUCGACGCCGGCAAGUAA